AUGAUAGAGUUUGAAAUUGUAGGUGAACCAUCAGAAGAAGAGCCCAUAAAAUUGACACCAGCUCAGAGGGCUAGAGUAGAGAGAAAUAGACAGAAAGCUUUACUAUUGAAACAAGCUAGACUAGCCAAUAGACCUUAUACUAUUGGUAAAGAAAGUCACAAAGUUCAGGCAGCACCAAGAGAAGUUGAUACUGGUUCAGGGUUUUUUAUUGAAGAAGAUAACAAAGAAAUUAAAACAGGAAAAUUAGAAGUUAAACAUCAGCCAGCACCAGUUAUAGCAGUAGAUAAUAUAUUCUGUGAGUCUUGUGAAAAAGAAUUCCUGGAUUCCUAUAUUUAUACUCAUUUUAACAUUCCUGCUUGUGAUACCUGUAGAGAAAAGGACAAAUAUGACCUGAUAACCAAGACAGAUGCAAAGAAUCGUUUUUUAUUGAAAGAUGCUGAUCUAGAUAAACGAGAACCACCUUUGAAAUUUAUUGUGAAGAAGAAUCCUAAUAAUAACAGAUGGGGAGAUAUGAAGCUAUUUCUAGAAUAUCAGGUUCAAGAAAGAGCGAUGGAAGUUUGGGGAAGUGAAGAGGCCAUUGAAGAAGAGAGAGAAAACAGAAAUGAAAAAAAAGAUAAAGCUAAACAAAAGAAAUUUGAUAAGAGAGUAAAAGAGUUGAGAAACACUGUUAGAAGUAGUUUGUGGAGGAAAGGAACAACAUUUCAUGAACAUGAUUUUCAGGAAGAAACAUACGAUGAGGAAGAAGAUAUUUAUUCAAAAAAAUGUAAAACUUGUGAACAUAUAGAAACGUAUGAAAAAAUGUGA